UGUCCGGUGGCUGCUGGUGCGGGGGGCGGCCGGAGCGAGAGGUGGAGCGGGGCGGUGUGUGGCCGGGGCCAUGACGGGCAAUGCCGGGGAGUGGUGCCUCAUGGAAAGCGACCCCGGGGUCUUCACCGAGCUCAUUAAAGGAUUCGGUUGCCGAGGAGCCCAAGUAGAAGAAAUAUGGAGUUUAGAGCCUGAGAAUUUUGAAAAGUUAAAGCCAGUUCAUGGGCUAAUUUUUCUUUUCAAGUGGCAGCCAGGAGAAGAACCAGCAGGUUCUGUGGUUCAGGACUCCAGACUUGACACAAUAUUUUUUGCCAAGCAGGUAAUUAAUAAUGCUUGUGCUACUCAAGCCAUAGUAAGUGUGUUGUUGAACUGUACCCAUCAAGAUGUCCAUUUAGGAGAGACGUUAUCAGAAUUUAAAGAAUUUUCACAAAGUUUCGAUGCAGCUAUGAAAGGUUUGGCACUGAGCAAUUCAGAUGUGAUUCGACAAGUGCACAACAGUUUCGCCAGACAACAAAUGUUUGAAUUUGAUGCAAAGACAGCAGCAAAAGAAGAAGAUGCUUUUCACUUUGUCAGUUAUGUUCCUGUUAAUGGAAGACUGUAUGAAUUAGAUGGAUUAAGAGAAGGACCGAUUGAUUUAGGUGCAUGCAAUCAAGAUGACUGGAUCAGCGCGGUGAGGCCAGUCAUAGAAAAAAGGAUACAAAAGUACAGUGAAGGUGAAAUUCGAUUUAAUUUAAUGGCUAUUGUGUCCGACAGAAAAAUGAUAUAUGAGCAGAAGAUAGCAGAGUUACAAAGACAACUUGCAGAGGAGGAACCCAUGGAUACAGAUCAGGGUAAUAAUAUGUUAAGUGCCAUUCAGUCAGAGGUUGCCAAAAAUCAGAUGCUUAUUGAAGAAGAAGUACAAAAAUUAAAAAGAUAUAAGAUUGAAAAUAUAAGAAGGAAGCAUAAUUAUCUCCCUUUCAUUAUGGAAUUGCUAAAGACUUUAGCAGAACACCAGCAGUUAAUACCGCUAGUAGAAAAGGCAAAAGAAAAACAGAAUGCAAAGAAAGCACAGGAAACCAAAUGAAGAAAAUACUCUGCAAAUUUCUACUUCUGCACUUAUUUUCAUGGAAACCAUUAAGUAUAAAGAACUUUGAGCAACAUCCUAAUUGACUCUGCACGUUUGGCAAUAGUACCAUUCUGUUUUGUCUCUAAUGCAUGGAUACGUAAACGUUUUCCCAACCUGCAUCAUGUGCAUGUAGUGCAUAUUAAAUAAAAGUGAUGUUAAGAGUGAGUGUUUGCCCAAAUUCUAUUGUUUAACUUUGGAUCUGAGAACUCCUGUUGCUUCUCUGGAUAGAUCACUGCUGUAAUAAACCAAGAAAGUGCACAGAUGAUGUUCUCUACCUGUAAUUGUUAUAAUUAAUCUUUCAAUCUCUGCUCAGUUAAAUGCUCAAAACUUAUAAAUUUCAGAUCUUGAGUAAACUUGAUCUCUUGUUUCUUCUCAUCAUUAAUGAAAAAUAAUCAGUAUUUUUGUCUUUGAUAUCUAUAUAUUUUGAGGGUUUUAAUGUUGGGUUUUGUUGCCUAUAUCUAUUACUUGAAAAAAUAUGAUUUUAAUGCAGAUCAUUUGAAAAAGUACAAAAGUCAGUUUCUAGUAGUUUGCAUUGCUACCAAUAGGAAAAGUAAUAAACACCUCAAUUUUACUUUAGCCAGAAUUAAGUGUUUGGGGUUUUUAAUUUAUGUAUUAUAGAAUUAUUUCAGAAAGGUGUAUUAUUCCUGAAAGCAAAAUUUCAGGUUAAGAACAAAUUGUAAAUCUUAAAGAUUUUUGGUAUUACUUUCAGUUUGCCAACAAUUUUUCAAGCUGUGUAAAUUAUAUCUUCAUAAAAAAUUGGACGUUUGACAAUUAAGGUUAUCUGCUUUUUUAAAAAAAAUGGGGGAUGGUAGUGGAGGAUCCUUCUGUGCCAUGUGAAGAAAAUUAAUAGAGCCCAAUAGUUUUUACAAGCCAUGUACUACAAUGGAGUUGUUCUUUUUUUUUUUUUUAAAUGACCUUGGAGAGUUGCUGUGUUUUUUGUUUUAUAAAAUAUAUUGUAUUCUUGUUCCUAUUCCUUAUUUACAAGUUAAAUUUUAAAGGACAUUUUAUAAAAACAACAUUUUAUAAAGGAAAGAAGUAGUCUACCUUUUUCUUUAGUAGGCACAUUUCUGAGAUUGACACUUGACUUUUUAUCAUUUUAUUAUGGGAAAGUUUAAACGUGUGAGGAGACUUGCAUGUUCAUAUUCUAACUUCAAAAACGUGGAUAUUUUGUUCAUAAGUUUACUAUUUUGUAGUAUUAUUAAAUAACUAAUGUGAGAAAGCCUGGUGGGAAUUGAGUAAAAUAACGAAUUAUUUUUCACCCAUAAUUCAAUUUAAAGUAAUAAA